AUGUGCCACCUGCCCACCCCCAAGAAGAUGGCCAGCCCACGGACCUUCACCUUCCUCUGUGGUUUGCUGGCAGCCAAUCUGGUGGGAGCCACCCUCAGCCCUCCUGCGGUUCUCAGCCUCGGCCCAGAAGUCAUCAAACAAAGGCUGACACAGAAACUGAAGGAUCACGAUGCUAUCAACACCCUGCGGCAGCUGCCGCUGCUCAGUACCAUAAAGAAGGAGUCGGCCGGGGGCAUAUUCAGCAGCCUGGUGAGGUCCGUCCUGAAGCAUAUCAUCUGGCUGAAAGUCACCUCAGCCAGCAUCCACCAGCUGCAGGUGCAACCCCUAGAUGAUGGCCGGGAGCUGAUGAUCAAUGUUCCCCUGGACAUGGUAGCUGUAUUCAACACGCCCCUGGUCAAGACCACUGUGGAGCUGCACAUGGAGACGGAGGCCCAAGCCAUCAUCCACGUGGAGACUAGCGAGAGAGACCACUCCCGCCUGGUCCUCAGCGACUGCUCCAACACCCACGGGAGGCUGCGCAUCAGCCUGCUACAUAAGCUCUCCUUCCUGCUCAACUCUUUAGCUGACAAGGUCAUAAGCCUCCUGGUGCCAGCCCUGCCCAAACUGGUGAAAAGCGAGCUGUGCCCUGUGAUCAAGGCAGCCUUUGAGGACAUGCGUGAGGACCUCCUGAACCUGACGAAGGUGCCUGUUUCUCUCAACUCUGACCAUCUGGAGUUUGACUUUAUGUCUCCUGCCAUCGACCAUAAUGUUGUUCAUCUCAUCCUGGGGGCCAAGUUGGUGGACUCGGAAGGAAAGGUGACUAAGCUGUUCAAUGACAGUGUGGAUUACCUGAAUCUGCCCUCCCUAUACCACAGCCCUUUCAGCCUCACCAUGAGGAAGGAUGUGGUGAAUGCUGCAGUAGCUGCCUUGCUCCCUCCAGAAGAACUCAUGGUCCUGUUGGACUAUGUGCUUCCUGAGACGGCCCGCAGGCUGAAGUCAAGCAUCAAGGUGAUCAGUGAAAAGGCAGCAAAUCAGCUGAGGCCCACACAAAUCGUGAAGAUCCUGACUCAGGAGACCCCAGAGCUCCUUGUGGACCAGGGCAAUGCCAAGGUGGCCCAACUGGUCAUGCUGGAAGUAUUUGCCACCAAUGAAGCCUACCGCCCCUUCUUCACCCUGGGCAUUGAAGCCACCUCAGAAGCUCAGUUUUACACCAGAGGUGACCUACUUAUGCUCAACUUUAACAAAAUCAGCUCUGAUCAGAUUCACCUGAUGAACUCAGCCAUUGGCCUGUUCAAUCCUGAACUUCUGAAAGACAUCACCACCAAGAUCCUUGCCUCCGUCCUGCUGCCAAACGAGAACGGCAAAUUAAGAUCCGGGAUCUCAGUGUCAAUGGUGAAGGCCUUGGGAUUUGAGGCGGCUUCAUGGUCUCUGACAGAGGAUGCCCUUGUGGUCACCCCGGCCUCCUCGUAG